CUUAUCUUCUUCCUCGCUCCAAUAAUACUCUGGUUGCUUUGGUCGGAAACAAAAACAAAAACAAAAAAACUAUUCGACCAAACAGUUGAGAUGGUUUCGCAGAUAAUCUCGUGUUUAUCUAAAUCUUCGUCUCUUCUCUGCAUCUCCGAUUCCCGGAGAUUAAUUCCGCCGAAGACUUAUAACCGCGGCGGUUUGAACCGGUUUUCUCCGAAAUUUGCUAACCGCCGGUUAUCUACGGUUACACGGAGGAAAUGGAGAUACGCAAGCAUUUUCAACUCCGGGAAAGAAUCUGGAGGAGAGGGAAAGGGAGGUAGCUCGGAGUGGGCGAUACUUGAGAGAUGGGAAGUGCCAUGGGAAUGGCAGACAGCUUCGUUAACUUCGCUUGCUUGUGUAUUAAGUUUUGUUUUGACAGGGUUAACUGAGAUGGCAGCCUUACCCUACUUAGGAGUCGACGUUGAGAAGCUGAGCUUGGACCAAAAGGCUGAGAUUUUAUUCCUGGAUCAAGGCAUAACAACUGCAGUGAUACUUGCUGUCAUAUUCACCGUUGCCAAAACCUUCGAGCCACUUCCUGAUGACAUUUUGCGCUAUGAUUUGAAACAACCCUUCAACUUGCAAAAGGGAUGGCUCGUGUGGGGUGGAAUAGGUCUGGUUGGUGCUGUUGGUGGUAUUGCGUUAACAGGUGUUGCUUUAUCCUUAUUCAGUACAGAGACACCUGAAAGGGAGGUAGACUCUUUGAUGCAGCUUCUCCCAUUAAUUGGAACCUCAAACAUAAGCACCUUAAGCUUAGUGGGCAUAACUGGGAUCCUUGCUCCACUUCUUGAGGAGACCGUGUUUCGCGGAUUCUUUAUGGUUUCUCUUACCAAAUGGGUCCCAACACCAUUAGCGAUCAUCAUAAGCUCAGCUGCGUUUGCCCUUGCUCACCUCACACCCGGUGAAUUCCCACAGUUGUUUAUACUAGGAUCGGUUUUGGGAUUAACUUAUGCGCAAACCCGCAACCUCAUUACCCCGAUGGUCAUACACGGUUUCUGGAACUCUGGAGUUAUUUUGCUUCUCACUUUUCUUCAGGUCCAAGGGUAUGACAUCAAGGAACUAUUGCAGGGAAGCUAGCUUUGCUCUUUCGUUUCUGUUCGCAGUUAACAUGAGAAUGCUUCAUUACGUGAUGGAUCAUCUUAGUACCAAAGAAUUCAAAACUUGAUGUAAUAUACUUAAACAUGACCAUAAACCAAUAUCAUUUUAUACCAUCAAAUUAAAAUUUAGUUACUUAAUUCUGGACAUUAUCAAACA